GACCCAGAAAUAGAAGGACGAUUAUAUGCCGGAACAAAAAAAAAAUCCAUCCUAUCAACAAGCUAGCUGUUUCAUUUGACAUUAGAAUGAAGACUCUUUAUUGCCAAAACAUCGUCGCCGGGACAUGUAAAUAUUGAAAACAAAGCGGAAUAUAGUUGUUGGGGAGACAUUGAGGCUAUGACAGUGUUCAUAUUGCACUUCUCAAUGAGGUACAAAAGUCAUGGCUCUUGUUAUUUGUCCCACCUCUUCCUGCUUGGACCUCGGGUGGGCCAGGUGUGCGUUGUCCGAACCUACAGUGCCCAACACCAGCCUAGUGGCCCCAGGCUUCCUGAUGGGAGGCAUGGACGUGAGACUGUGAAGGAGCGUGUGCUGUCAGGCUUACAACAUGCAGGUCAGUUGGGGCAACAAUGGGGUCAAAGGUCAGCACAGAUGGUUACCGCCACCAUGAACAGUUGGUGGGAGAAGUAUGAGGAGUUUGUUGGCCUCAACGAGGUCCGCGGCGCUCAGACCAAAGUCACAGAGGCUGAGGCGGCGUUCAUGGUGUCCAGGGGGAUGGUGCGCGAGGCCCACAGCAGCCUGGAGGCCCUGCUGGCCCGGCUGAAGGAGGUCAGGGACAGGCUGGAUAGAGUCUCCAGGGAGGAGGCACACUACCUGGAGCUGGCCACGCUGGAGCACAAACUGCUGCAGGAGGAGCGUCGCCUGAGGACGGCAUACGAGUGUACAGAGGGCUCGGAGAGAGAGAAGUUUGCCUUGUUCUCAGCCGCCGUCCGAGAGAGUCACGAAAAGGAGAGGACGCGAGCCGAGCGCACUAAGAACUGGUCCAUCAUUGGCUCGGUACUGGGAGCCCUGAUUGGGGUGAUGGGGUCGACGUACAUCAACCGUGUCCGCCUGCAGGAGCUGAAGUGUUUGUUGCUGGAAGCCCAAAAGGGUCCAGAAAGCCUGCAGGAAGCCCUCAAAGUCCAAGCAGGAAACCAUCGCUCCCAGCAGGACGAGCUGCGUGCACUCAUCGACACCCUCAGGGUCACCCUAAAGGACCCCGUCGUCCAAGACCACAGGGGACUGACUCCUGCCUCACCCAUCAGGCCUUCAUCAUCCUUGCGUGAGGUCCACAGUAGCAACCAAAGGACAGAGUCCCUGCUGAAGUCCCUCCUGCCACAAGUGGGUCAUCUGCAGCAAGGACUCGGCGAGGUCCAGAACGAGCUUUCCGGUUUGAGAAACCUGUUGGAAACUGGACCGCAGGCUCGCAGGGAAACACCGGAGAAGCCGGUCAGAAUUGAGAGAGCGGGAGCGGACUGGCCGGGGUCUGAGUCAGUGGUCCAGACUAUAGAGGACACUCAGAGGACUUUAGGGGAGCGCAUCAGCCGGAGCACGCUGUAUAACGCCGCCUUCACAUACACGGCUGCCGCUAUCACCAUCUCUGCCGUGUACGUUCUGCUGCAAGGAGGCUCUUAGGCUAGGUUCACACUGCAGGUCAAUUCCGAUUUUUUUUUUUUGCUCAUAUAUGACCUGUAUCUGAUUUUUCCAUGUCAGUGUGAACAGCACAAUUCCGAUUUUUCAGGCUCUGAACGGUCAGACUGCACACAUCUAUACGUGGUGCGGUUUGCUGUGCAUGACUUGGAUACUCACCCAUGCAGGCAAAAGUUCUUGUUGUCAUCCGAACCACAUAAAAAAUGGAUUUGAACAAAAAAUCCAAAUUGGACAUCAUACCCUGCCGUGUGAAUGAAGCCAAUCAAGACCAAUGGAACUUAUUUAGAUGAUUUAAAUGUAGUCACAAUGGUAACACGGAGACUGAUGAUUCCCUCACGUUUAAUACAAAUACAACUGACCUACUUGAACAUGUCAUAAUGUCAUGCUCCACUGAAACCACUUAUCAUCCCAUCAUUAAAAAAAAAAAAUCUGUGUACUGUUUGUUCAAACAGUGGCCAACAGAGGGCAGCAACCACUGUUACAUGUUUGGGCUUCAUUGAACCGAAUCCUGCCGACACGUUUUCAUCUCGAGUGUUUUUAUCAGGGACAUGCAGUGAGGUUAAUGGCUGGUGAGGCACAAACUCCUUUGAAGUUAAUACAGGUUGCUCAUUAAGAGGACAACCAAAAAAAAACAGGACAAUAAUUCAGUUUGGUUAAAAAUGUUUGCAUGUGUUCCCAAGCUUUUGGAGGGGAGUGUACUCCUCAGACCCAGUAUCCAUCCAUCCAUUUUCUAUGCCGCUGUUCCUCAAUAGGGUCGCGGGGGUAUGCUGGAGCCUAUCCCAGCUGACUUCGGGCGAGAGGCAGGGUACACCUUGGACUGGCCGCCAUCCAAUCGCAGGGCACUUAUAGACAAACAGUCAUUCACGCACACAUUCAUACCUAUGGACAAUUUAGAUUCGCCAAUUAACCUAACAUGGCUUUUCCACUUUGGAAGGAUGUCUGUGACAAGCACCUUCUGGCUCACACACACUCCUACCCUUUCAGGAUGCAGCGGUACUGCAAGUGCCUCCCGUGUGACAUUUCUAUGUAUUUUAUUGUGUGGUUAGCAAGGAUAAUGACGUCACACUUAUGUUGAAGACAUUACACAGGAUCUAGAAAGUUAUAGUGUAUAAUAAAUGUUUCUGCAACAUUAAUGGCGACAUGCUGACAAACAGGAACUGGCAGGUGCCAUGAGCCAACUCAGUGUUCACUCACAUGGUAGGCGGACCUCACGCACACACGGUGGUCUCACCGUAGGUUUCUUCCUUGUGUUUGGACAGGAAAUCUGCAAAUUCAGCAAUUUUUACUCAAGAAAAUGUUAAGAAUGAUUGAAGUCAUACCGAAAAUACAUUUAGAAUACAGUUCAAUAUUUAUUUUAUGUUAGUGUUCGUUUUUAUGUUUUUCUCCGCCUCACCUGCCUCCCCUGACCGCAUGUCGCUAGUUUUUACACAACUUGUCAAUCAUUGAGUUAUCACUAUCAAUAUGUCAACCUUUAGGCUACACUCAGUCAAACACAGACGCUCAACAAUAGGCCACUCAAAAGGCCCGCAGAGAACGGCAACUAUUAAUCCUUGUUAUCCCUUCCUUCAUUCACUCACUAAGUUAUCAAAUUUUCCUACCUACUGCCAGGCACUUAGAAGGUGCUUUGUUUUUAUAUUUGCGCCAUUCUUGCACAUGUUUGUUAUGGUGUCAAUUAUAGGGAAAAGCCUCACCUCGCAGGUGCAAGCCAUAAUCUUCCUCUGCUUGUUGCCAAGUGAAGUAAUUAAGUUUUACUUAAUUCACAUUUACUGGCAGCUGUUAACUUCUUUGACGCUUGAAUGAUAGGCAGACAAGCUACGUCCGUCCCGUCAUCAAAUUUAAGCACUGAAACAUUUGACAGACAGUACGAAUUGCCUGUGAGAAAAUAAAUACAAACGCCCAUGCCGCUUUACGAGUGAAAGAUGACAUAUUAAAGAACGUAUUGCAUUGUUUUUGAAAGUCUUUAUUUGAUAUGAUUAAAAUGCGUAUUAAUCCUGAAUCUUAAAUAACAAAAGUUAGUCCCGAGUGUUUGACUUUAAAAGGUUCCACUUUAGUUUCAGGUGUCGCCUCCAGCGUUGGGAGGAUCAAAGACGAGGCUGUACAAACUAGCAUUGUGGAGAAACAGGAUGGAUGUUGCUGCAGGCGACAUCCAGCUUGCUCAAAAAAAAGGUUUCAUUUUGUCAUCAUUUGGCUGCAUUCAGGUGUCAGUAUACUGUACGUUUGAACUGCCAUUUCUGUCUGUGCGUGUUUGUGUUGCACACUGGUAAAUCCUCUGCAGCAGCUGCUGAGUCUUUUCUUAGCACAAUCAUCAUUCCAUGUUCAAUCUCUCUAACACACACACACACACACACACACACACACACACAGAGCUUCACCUUUGUAACCAAUGGCUGAGG